AUGUCCAGUCCUCCAGCGGUAGAAGACCAAGCAAGACUGCUGGAAGAUGCACUGGUAGUUGUAAGGCAGCAGACGCAUCUGAUGCGCAAAUGCCUUGAGACGCCGGGAAAGCUCAUGGAUGCGCUGAAGUGCAGCAUCAUUGUGCCGUUAUCUCUGCAAUAUGCGCAGCCUGCUGCUCCUGAUCUCGUGCUGACGGACGAUCCAACAUACAGCUCCACCCUUGUUUCUGAGCUUCGAACAAGCAGUCUCGGGCCCAAACAGUACUAUGAGUUAUACAUGGCUGUGUUCGAUGCUUUGCGACACCUUUCCGCUUACCUGAAAGACUCCCACCCAGUCAACCAUCUCGCCGACCUAUACGAGCUUGUCCAAUAUGCGGGAAACAUAAUACCUCGAUUAUACCUAAUGAUAACAGUCGGCACUGUAUACAUGUCAAUUCCAGAAGCGCCGGUCAAGGAGAUUAUGAAGGACAUGAUGGAGAUGAGUAGGGGCGUCCAGCAUCCAAUUCGAGGUCUCUUCUUGCGAUACUACCUCUCGGGGCAAGCUCGAGAGAACCUUCCAAUGGGGCCCGGUGAUGGACCUGAAGGCAACCUUCAAGACUCGAUCAGUUUUAGUUUGACGAAUUUUGUGGAGAUGAACAAGCUUUGGGUGCGGUUACAACACCAAGGACACUCUAGAGAGCGAGAGCUUAGAACACAGGAGCGGAAAGAGCUCCAAUUGCUUGUAGGAAAUAAUCUUGUUCGGCUGAGCCAGUUGGUGGACCUCGAGACAUACAAGAACGUCAUAUUGCAACCUUUGCUAGAACAGGUUGUGCAAUGUCGUGAUGUACUAGCUCAGGAAUACCUUUUGGAAGUCAUUACGCAGGUCUUCCCCGACGAAUUCCACCUACAUACUCUCGACCAGUUUCUAGCAGCAGUCUCUCGCCUCAACCCUCACGUCAAUGUAAAAGUUAUAGUGAUUGCUUUGAUGGAUAGGUUAUCAUCAUACGCAGCAAGGGAAUCAGAAGCCAACCCCUCAGAGGAUCGCGAAAAGUUGGAGGAAGACGCAGUCGAGAAGCUCCUGGAGAAGGUACGGGUAGAUAAUGAAAAGAAGGCUGAAACGCCUGCUGCAACAGAGCCAAAUGGCGAACAUCCCGCAUCAGAGACCAAUGGAGAUAGUAAAGAGGCAUCUACAAAGCCAGCUCCUCCAGACACAGAAACCCCGAAAACAGAAGAAACACCAGCGGACCCCAAAUCCGAGCCUGCCGAUGGCACCGAUGGAGGUGACGAGAAGAAAAAUAAGGGUAUUCCUGACGGCAUCAAGCUUUAUGAGAUAUUCUUCGAACAAGUAAUGAACCUGGUCAAUGCUCAACAUCUUCCAAUUCAAGACACCACUGCCCUUUUGGUGUCCCUGGCAAAUCUAGCACUGAACAUUUACCCCGAUCGCCUCGAUUACAUCGACCAAGUUCUCGAAUACGCAAACCAGAAGGUCAAGCAGCACGUCAAUAGUGCUGACCUUCAUUCUCAAGAAGCGCAAACACAUCUCCUCAACCUCCUUCUGGCCCCAAUGAAAUCUUACGUCUCUCUAUUUACCGCUCUUGCCCUCCCCACAUACAUCCCACUUCUCCACUCGCAAACAUACCCAACACGAAGAGCUGUAGCUGGUGAGGUUGCACGCAGUUUACAACGUAAUAAUACCAAGAUAUCUACGCUCUCCGCACUGGAAGGCGUUCUUGAAAUUUUGAAGGUCCUUAUCAAAGAGGGCACCCAGCAACCUGCUGGCUACCCAGGAGUGUCUCAACGAAAAGCCAUCGAGACUGACGAGACAAUUGAAGAGCAAGGCUGGCUUGCCCGGAUAGUCCAUCUCAUCCAUAGCGAUAAUAACGACACUCAAUUCAAGCUGCUGCAAAUGACAAGGAAGGCGUACGCAGAAGGCAAUGAGCGAGUCAAGUUUACAACUCCUGCGUUAAUGACUUCGGCAAUGAAACUGGCAAGAAAAUUCAAGUCAAGAGAGCACUACGACGACAACUGGGAAUCGCAGUUAUCAGCGCUCUACAAGUUUAUGCACGCAUCGCUUUCGACUCUCAAUACUCGGGUCCCGGGAGCGGCUGAGCUGUGCAUACGCCAGUUUGUGGCCUGCGGUCAAAUUGCCGACCAAACUGGACCCGAAGCUGUCAGUUACGAGUUCUUCGUGCAAGCUUUCACAAUUUAUGAAGAGCAGAUCAGCGAUUCGAGAGCACAGUUCCAGGUUGUGUGCAUAAUUGCAGGAGCAUUGCAUGAUAGCCGGAAUUUCAGCAGAGAGAAUUACGACGCCUUAAUUACGAAGUGCGCUCAACACGGGAGUAAGCUGCUGAAGAAGCCGGAUCAAUGCAGAGCUGUGUACCUGGCCAGCCAUUUAUGGUGGGCAGUACCAAUCACUGCCAAGGGUGAGGCAGAAGACGAGAAAGAUCUGUAUCGUGACGGCAAGCGGGUUCUCGAGUGCCUUCAACGCGCUCUACGUGUUGCGGAUACAUGUAUGGACACGGCCGUAUCAGUUGAACUCUUUGUUGAAAUUCUGAAUCGCUAUGUCUACUAUUUCGAUCAACAAAAUGAUGCCAUCACCACCAAAUACCUCAAUGGCCUCAUUGAGCUCAUCCACUCAAAUGUAGCAACUAACCAAGAGUCCGCAACUAUGGAUCAUCCCAAACGCCAUUUCCAACGGACGAUAGAUCUAAUUGCAUCGAGGGAGUAUGAAGGGGUGAUUACAGCAGCUCCGAAAUAG